UCACCUGAUAUGUUUCUAAACAUUCUUCAAUAGAAUCUCACUAUCCCUAUCCAGUUUUUUUUUUUUUUAAGGUUUUAGCAAAUUGCCAUCUCCCUCUAUAUAUUUAGGCAUUAAAGACACUACUUCAAACCAAGUGUUCAGUCUUCAACACACUAAAGCUUUCUAUCAAUUAAAGCAAAUCUUGAGCUUCUUCUUCUGUCUCUUUUUUCUUCGCUAAGAUGGGUAUCCAACUAAUGGGACUAGCUCAUGCCAAGCAAAAGCUCCAGCGAACACUUUCAGGAAGAAUUGGGAAUGCAUUGGCAGCAACAUCAAAUGUUCCUAAAGGCCAUAUUGCAGUUUAUGUUGGGGAAGGCAACAGGAAGAGAUUUGUGAUUCCGAUAACUUACUUGAAUCAUCCUCUGUUUCAAGACCUGUUAAAUCGAGCUGAGGAAGAAUUCGGAUUCAACCAUCCAAUGGGUGGUCUCACAAUUCCGUGCAGUGAAGAGUACUUCAUCAGUCUAACGACAUUAUUAAACUGUUCAUAGAUGGUUGCAGCACCAAAAUUAAGGAUGCAGACAACAUUAAUCUCUUUCUUCUCGCUUACAUCGAGACAACAUGAUUAGAGACAGUAAAAGCUUUAAAAAAAAAAAGCAGUCUCUUCAAAUUUUUGUUCUGCAGGUCCUGCUAAUUCAAUCGCCUGUAAACAUUCUGUAAUUUGGAAAGCAACGAGACUGUGAUUCCUUUGCUGACAACAAAACCUGUUGCUCUGAGCCAGUUUGAUUAUUGAUCAAUCAAUCGUUCUGCAAGUUAAAUUCAUAGUAAAAUAGACUAAAAAUCAGAUAAAACUAUCGAUGAACAAAGCCUCAAAGUCUUGCCCAAGUUAUCACGUUUGCUACUUGCUUUUUGUCCUUGGCAGAAAACUGAGAACUAUCUCGUCAGAGCUUGCGUUUACUCUGGAAAUUGCUGCUGUUCCUGUUCAGUUUAACACCUAAGGGAAAGCAGGUGAGGUCUCACGUGGAUAUUCUUGACACUUGUAACAGAACCAACUACCAUUACUAUGCAUUUCCUGGCCACAAUCG